AAGGCACUUGGGUAUGUACCAAUGUACCAUACAUACAAUUCUGUUAGAUAAGUCAUUAAAACACCAUGUUAACUUUUUGUUCACUAGUAUAUAUUCCAUUAUUCUAUUAUACAAAUACAAUAUAGAAUAAGGUGAAAUAAGUAAGAAUAAAGAGUACGAGUAUGAGUAUGGUGAGAAUGAGGAGAGGGUUUAUGUGCCAGUCGCCGGCAUCCACGGCUGUAGGGUGUAUGCCGGAUGAUAUGAGGUCCGUAAUCGUGCCGUGUAAGAGUAAUAAUGGGAGGAUUGGUAAUAGUGGUAGGUAUUCUAGGCUUGUUGAUAAUUCAUCAGAAAAAGAAAGGUUGUUAGUAAAGGGUUGUAAAAGAAGAGAGAAUUUGUUGCCAUUGAAUGAUAGAAAUAAGGUUAAAGGUGAUCAUAAAUCAUCAGUUUCUCACCAACAACAAAAGCCUAAGUCUUUGCAAAACUGUUCUUCUGGUGCAACUCACUUAUAUCAGGUGGUGGUCCUAAGAGUGUCGCUCCAUUGCCAAGGUUGUGCUGGUAAAGUCAAGAAACAUUUAUCAAAGAUGGAAGGGGUUACAUCAUUCAACAUAGACUUGGAAACAAAAAGAGUUACAGUUAUGGGAAAUUUGUCACCUGCAAGAGUCCUUGAAAACAUCUCCAAGAUUAAAAGGGCAGAACUCUGGACAUGUUAACUCAAGAAGCCGAGAUAUUUCUCAUGACUUUUGAGUUUUCAUUAGCUAGCAGCCUAGCGUAGCUUUAUCCAAUUUAAAUUCAA